AUGGCUCUCGCACCGUCUAUAGGCAUUGAUCUACUGCGAGUGUCAACAGAGGGCACCACUCCUAGGUGGAGAGAAAGCAGCAGUUCACUCAUUCCGGCGAAACCGGCAUAUGCGGAUAGAGCAACUAUGUUAAAGGCUGUUGACGAGAUACGCCAAUUACUCGGUCAAGAUAUCGUGAGCGUAGACUCGGAUGAUCUCGAUGAGCAUGGCUAUUCAGAGUGGUCUACGUCAAAUACUGACGUACGACCAGUGGCAGUUGUUCGGCCGCAGAAGACAGAAGAAGUCUCGAGCAUUGCACGUAUCUGCACCAAGUAUAAAGUUCCCAUGAUUCCAUACGGAGCUGGAUCCAGCGUCGAAGGCAAUUUCAGUUCACCGUAUUCUGGAGUAUGUCUUGACCUAUCUGGCAUGGAUAAAAUCGUGGCAUUUCACCCUGAAGACAUGGAUAUCGUGGUCCAGGCCGGUGUCAAUUGGACUAAUAUGAACGAAGAGAUCAAGGAGACCGGUCUCUUCUUGCCGCUUGAUCCCAGCCCUACUGCAUUGAUCGGUGGCAUGAUAGCCACGAACUGCAGUGGUACAAACGCCAUGAGAUAUGGGACUAUGAAAGAUUAUGUUAUUAACCUUACAGUAGUGCUCUCCGAUGGAUCUGUUAUCAAAACCCGUCAUCGACCUCGGAAAACAUCAGCCGGAUAUAACCUCACAGGUCUUUUCACUGGAUCUGAGGGGACAUUGGGUAUAAUCACUGAAGCGACGUUGAAGCUGGCCAUAAUUCCGGAGAACUUCUCUGUUGCAACAGCCACCUUCUCAACCGUUAAGGAGGCGGCAGAUGCGGCCUUCAAAAUGAUGCGCCGGGGAAUACCUCUCGCUGCCCUGGAAAUGAUGGACGAUGUUCAGAUGAAGGUCAUCAACCAGAGCGGCGGGGCAGGUGGAAGAGUAUGGGAUGAACAUCCGACACUUUUCCUCAAGUUUUCAGGCUCCCAGAAUGCGGUUCAAGACAGCAUCACACUGGCCAAAGAGAUCGCAAAGUCCAACAGUUGUCGUUCCUUCGAGUUUGCCAAAACUGAGGAUGAGAUGCAAUCUCUUUGGUCUGCCAGAAAACAAGCUUUGUGGGCAAACCUCGCCGUCCGACCAGAGGGCACCCAGAUUUGGUCUACAGAUGUUGCUGUACCUCUGUCUCGAAUGGCCGAACUAAUCGAAAUAUCGAAGCAAAAGGCCAGUCAACUAGGGCUUUUCAACAGUGUUCUGGGGCAUGUUGGCGAUGGUAACUUUCAUCAGGUUGUCAUGUACAACCCAAAUGAUAAGACGGAACGCCAAGCUGUGUCGGAUUGCGUGGAUGGAAUGAUGGUGAGGGCACUAGAAAUGGAGGGUACAGUAUCAGGCGAGCACGGCAUCGGAUUGGGAAAGAAGAAAGAGCUCGGUCCAGCCACGAUAGGUAUCAUGAAAGCUAUCAAAGACACCUUGGAUCCCCAGUAA